AAGGCUGUGCGCAAGCACGAAUGCAGCACGGCCCGGCCCCGCCCACUGUCCUCUCAUGAAGUGACUGCGCACGCGUGGCUUGUGAGUGGAAAAUCCCGGGUGCCAAGAUUAUAGACGAUUUGUGAAAUGAGUGACUCUGAUGAUGAAGAUAUCCCCCAGCUGUCUUCCCACGCCUUAGCAGCCCUCCAGGAAUUUUAUGCUGAGCAGAAACAACAAAGUGACCCAGGCGGAGAUGAUAAAUAUAAUAUUGGAAUAAUAGAAGAGAACUGGCAGCUGAGCCAGUUUUGGUACAGUCAGGACACUGCUUUGCGACUUGCAACAGAAGCCGUUGCAGCUGCUGGAGAACGUGGCAGAAUAGCCUGUGUGAGCGCCCCCAGUGUUUACCAGAAACUGAGAGCCCUACACAGAGAAGACAUUUCUGUAUACAUCUUUGAAUAUGACAAAAGAUUUGCCAUAUAUGGAGAGGAGUAUAUCUUCUAUGAUUACAAUAAUCCAUUGGAUUUACCUGAAAAAAUUGCCACACACAGUUUUGACAUCGUAAUAGCGGAUCCCCCCUACCUUUCCAAGGAGUGUCUCAGAAAAAUGUCGGAAACCAUCAAGUAUCUGACUCAGGGCAAGAUUCUGCUGUGCACAGGUGCGGUCAUGGAAGAAGAGGCAGCAAAACUUCUUGGUGUGAAGAUGUGCAAGUUUAUUCCAAAACACACCCGGACCUUGGGAAAUGAGUUUCGCUGUUAUGUGAAUUACGAUUCUGGGCUAGACCAUGAAAUCUAAAUGCAGGUAGUAAUAUAAUAUGGUAAAGGAUCCUGUAUGACAUUUCUCUCUUAUUAUUUCCUUGGUAGAUUGAAGUUAUAACCUCCGCCCCUCCCCUGCGAAGUGGGGCUAUCCCUGGUCUAAUUUUCAAAAUAAAGAAUACAACUUCUCACUAUGACUUCCUGACUGCAGGUGCCUCUAGAGCUCGGGAUGCUUUUGCCAACUUGAAUCCACUGAAUUAGAGUGGGAGAAAUCUUAGAACCUAUCUAAAGUCUGCUCUCCUCUCCUAUGAAUACGUAAAAAACAGGUACAAACAGCUUAGUGGCUUGGCCAAGACCUGAAUUAGGACCUAGGCCUCUGCCUCAGGCCAUCUGCCCCCUUCAGAUGGGCCCAUUCUGACUCCACCCAACGGCCUGCCCGUUCUUCACAGCUGCUUUCCUGGGGUGUCAUAGGACUUGUGAAGGGGUCCAUCAUCUGCUCCAGCCCAUGAAGGAGGCACAACUUGUCUCCAUGAGAGAAGUUGGUAAUCCUUAGAACUAGUAUCUGAAAGCCUCCUGGAUGUUUCCUUCUCAUCAAGGCCCAGGUGCCUUCUGCACACAUAGCCCCUGCACCCUCAGCAAAGCUACAGCAAAUGCUCCAAGCCCCUGAGAAACGGAAACUGCCAUCUACGAACCAGACGCUACAGGAGAAGGAGGUGAGAAGCAUGCUAGACUGUUAGAUUUCAGAAAUGAGACAUCAUUCAUCCCCACCACAGAACAGUAAUUACUGAUACCUGCAACUUGGAUUUCAAGACCUUGUCCUGAGUGACAGAAGCCAGUCCCCAAAG